CGACUCGACUCAUUUCCAGAAGUGCAACACACACGAGAGCACUUCACUCACCCUUUUCCCGCUUUGUCACUUCAUCACUCUCUUCCCGCUCGACGCGGCAUGCCAUCAUGGCUCACAGGGGCCACAAGUCCUCCAAAGUGCCCAAUGUCAAGCUGCGACCGACCAACCCAGGAUCCUCGUCUCGUCUAGAAGGUGGUGGUGGCGCCCGCGCUGCUUCCUCUUCGUCGUCGCCGCCGCCUACAUCGCCUCAUCCGGAUGGCGAUGGUGGUCAUGACGGCGAGUACGAUGAUGGAGAGGAUGGAGGUGGAGACAAGGACAGGCCACUCAAGGGGUGGAUGUUCUGCUUCACUGGCGUGACGCAGGAGAAGACGACACUCACUCAACAGCUCUACAGCAUGGGAGGCAUGGCGGAAGGCAACCUCACCGAGUCCACCACGCACCUCAUAGCCUACAAGGUUGGCUCCUCCAAAUACGACUGCGCCAUCCAGCUCGGACUGCCCAUCCUCCUUCCCUCGUUCAUCACCGAGCUCCACGAGCAAUGGCAAAAGGCGCAAGAGAACAUCGACAUCGAUGGGCUGUUGCGAGAGCAUACCAUGCCGCCCUUGGCAGGUCUGAAAGUCGGGCUAUGCGGAUUGACGGAGAAUACGCGCAAGUUGGCAACGAGGAAAUUGAUCAAGGAGCUAGGCGCCGAGCUCGUCGUGCCGAUGCGCUUUGACGCCGACGUAACCCAUCUCGUCUGCGCCCAGGCGGACGUUCGCCCUUCUACGACCCUCACACACGCCAAGAAAUACCGCGCUGGCAAGAUGGGCACGCAGGAGAACCAACGCGCCGCACAGCAACUAGCAUGCGUACACCUCGAAUGGCUGAAGGACUGCGAGCGCGCCCGCGCCCUUCUCCCACCUCAUGACUACGAUGCCUGGCCAUGUGGGAAAGGACCCACCUCUACCGUGCGCGCGGCAGCGAUCCAGUCGAUCCCUGAUCGGGCCGAGAGGGCGCUCAAGGAGCGGGUGAAGGAGGUUAUGCAGAGGGAGGAGGAGAGGAAGAGGGAGGCUGAACCACCUCGCCCAACACGGUCCAAUGGUACAGCAACGGCUGUGGGCAGGGUGAGCAAGAAGAUUGCAGCUGAAUCGCAGCUGCCUGAGCACGAGUCGAUCACGCCUAGAGGGCUGCUCGGGUUGUCGAGGGAGGUGGCCGAUGCGGCGGAGAGGAGUGAGCUGAGGAAGGCGCCGGAUAGCACGCCGCUCGAGGAGGAGGAGCGAGCGGACAGAGAGAAGAGGGACGACCCGCCAGCCAAGGACAAGGAGGACGCAAAGCCUGCAGACCCACCUGCGGCAGCUCCGGCGCCCGCAGCUCCAUGCGCCCCCUCAGCACCAGCUCCUCCAGCAUCACGCGGCAUCUUCAGCAACCUCACCUUCCGCCUCCUCUCCUGUCCCUCGGAUCGUCUGCCUCUCCUUCGCUCCGCCUUGUAUGGAGCCGGAGCUUCGGACGUAGUUGCGGGCACGGUUGAAGGCGCUGCAGCGGACUACUGCCUCCUCUCCUCCGCCUCCUCGCCUGCUCCACCCGAUCUUCCCAGCACGUACGGCCAACCAGUGACCCUCCACUGGCUCGACCAAUGUCUGUUCUAUGAGCGGGUCGUCGAACCUACGUCUGCACCGUGGCUACGUCCGCCGGGCCUGGCUUUACCUUUACCCGCAGCAAGCCAGUGCGUCGUAGCCCUGACCGGCUUCCCUCUCAACGGCGAGACGCCCGAGCGACAACAGCUACGCAAAGCUCUAGAGACGGUAGGAUGCAAAGUAACGGACACGUUCGCCGCGAGGGAGAACACGCAUCUCCUCUCCGCCCGAGCAGUGGAGUGUCGAUCCCUCGAUCAGGCGGAGAUGGAGAGCAAGGGAUGGAUCAAGGAGGCCCGAGCCAUCAAGUGGGGAACGCCCCUUGUGGGGGUGGAGUGGGUGGAGCGCAUCUGGCGCGAGGGGAGGGUAGAGCCGGCGCCGAAGACGAAGGGGGACGGACAGCUGAGCGAGUCGGCUCUUGCAGAGACGCAGAUCGCGAGCAGUAGCCGGCCGAGUAGCAGCAGCAGCGAGCCACAGCAUGGUGAUUACGUAUCGGGAUCCGCAGGGAGAGAGGGAGAGGCAGCGGUUGGAGGAUCUACUGGUUGCGCGACAGCAGGGCGUAGGGGCGAGUAUGACGCAGACGCAGAGUGAGGAGGAGCAGCAGCAGCACGAGGGAGAAGGGGGAGGCGGGGAGUCGCUCGAUGAUGGUGGGGGAGGAGGAAGGAAAAGGCCUAGAGAGCAUGGAGAGUCUAUGCGCUCUGCCUCUGCUGGUGGUGGUACCAGCGUGGGAUCGGCCUCGAA